AUGGGUUCACACCUAAACAAGGUUCUCUCCACAAUCCUCCUGGCCUUGAUCCUUUCCGUCCUUCCGCCGGCGACUAGCUCCGACGACACCUGCCCAUAUCCCUGCUACCCUCCACCAACCGGCACCGGCUAUCCCGCCACUCCGGCCACUCUAACUCCACCGUCGCAAACAGACUCAGGCUCCUACUCUCCUCCAGCGUACUACUCUCCGCCGGCUGCAUAUUACCCAUAUAACCCGCCGCCGUACGAUGGCGACAGCUUCGACGGCAUCACUCCACCGCCACCGGAUCCGAUUCUGCCGUACUUCCCUUACUAUUACAAGAAGCCUCCUCACAAACCGGAGGAUGAAUCCGGUGGUACCGCCGUGUCGGAGAUCGGAGCUUUU